AUGGGCAUGUGCAACCGCCUCGACGGCAAUAAUAUGUCAGGACAACGCGAUAUCCCCCCUGAAAUUGAGGAACAGCCCGAACAGCCCGAGCAGCCACCCUUGGAGGCCCCAGGGGCAGCUGCCCCCAGUGCUGGGCCUAGCCCAGCCGAAGAGAUGGAGACCAAACCGCCUCACAGCGAGCCCAUCGCCAUCAAGAGCGACGGCGCGGCGGAUGGACCCCCAGAUGUCUCCAGGCCCAACUUCCAGGGCCUCAACCAGGCCUUCCAGGAAGCAGGAGCCUGGGGAGGCUACAGCCCACCUCCAGAGGAAGCCAUGCCCUUCGAGGUCAAGCAGCCCAGCUUGGGAGGCUUCUGGCCUACCCUGGAGCAGCCGGGAUCCCUCAGUGAGGCCUAUGCAGGCCCUGAGGCCUUCGGCCCAGCGUUCAUGGAGCCCAGAGCCUUGGAUGGUGCCCAACCAAGCCUGGGAGGCUACAGCCCCCCACCAGAAGAAGCUAUGCCCUUUGAAUAUGACCAGCCUGCCCAGGGGGGCUGCAGCCAACCUCUCCUGCAGGUCCCAGACCUCGCUCCAGGUGGCCCAGGUGCUGGGAUCCCCGGAGGUCCUCCCGAGGAGCCCCAAGAUCUCAGAUCUGCAUUUGCUGGCUUCGGAGGCAGCUACAGCCCUCCCCCUGAGGAGGCUAUGCCAUUCCAGCUUGAUGGAGAAGAAUUUGGGGAUGAUAGCCCACCCCCAGGACUCCCCAGGCCCGUCCCGCAAAUCGACGGCGGCAAUUUGUUCGAGGUUGUCCCGGUCCCGGGUGCGGCGGUCCCGGUCCCCGGUGCGGUCCGCGUCGCUCCCGCCGGGAACGCGCCUCUUCUCUGGAUCCGAGGCGCCAUCGGCAGCGCAUCCCGAGGAGCUGUCAGACUUCCUCGCAACAGCCCCCCAAUGGAGAUCUCCGGACCCCCGCUCGAGAUUGGCAGCGCCCCCGUCGGGGUCCACGACGCUCCCGUCAACAUGGACAGCCCCCCAAUCGCGCUUCAUGGCCCGCCCAUCGAGGACUGCGGAGCCCCAGAUAAGAGAGAGCGAGCAGAGAGACCCCCAGUUGAGGGAGAAGCAGCCGAGAUGGAAGGAAGCUCAGCCACCGCUGCUGAAGAGGGUGGAAAAGUCCCCUCUCCCGGGGACGGAUCCCCUGCCGCUGCCGCGGCAGCUCCUGCCACCCCAGCCGAUCCUGACACCGGGACAGCCCCUGCCUCCGCAGCCGAUCCUGACGCCGGGGCAGCUCCAGCCGAUCCUGACACCGGGGCAGCCCCUGCCUCCUCUGCCGAUCCUGACACCGGGGCAGCCCCAGCCGAUCCUGAUGCCGGGCCAGCCACUGGAGCCCCAGCGGAUCCUGACGCCGGGGCCAACCCUGAAGCCCCGGCCGAUCCUGAAGCCGGGGCCGCCCCUGGAGCCCCGGCUAAUCCUGACGCCGGGGCCGCCCCUGCCGUCCCAGCCGCUCCAGACAACCGGGCAGCCCCAGCCGCUCCUGCCGCCAGGGCAGCUCCUGCCGCCAGGGCAGCUCCUGCCGCCAGGGCAGGUCCAGCCGCUCCUGCUGCCCGGGCAGCUGCCGCCGCCCGGGCAGCUGCCGCCGCCCGGGCCGCCCGAGCUGCCCCUGCCGCCGGGGCCAGACGCAACCCCUAUCUCCUCAGACCCCCCAGCCCCGAGAUUCAGGCUGCCGACCCGCCUACUCCGCGGCCUACUCGAGCGACUGGCUGGCGGGGCAAACCUGAGCGCAGCCGUGGCCGCCUCGGGUACUACGACGAAGGGUCAAGCGACUCCAGCGGAGACGAGUACGACGAUGGGGCCACCGGAUGCUGGCGCUGGCUCCUGCAGCGAAAUCGCCGCCGCCGAAGCCGAAAGCCGCAGCGUAACUUGCUCGGCAACUUCCUCUCUCAAGCAUUCGGGAGCUGCUUCUGCCGAUCUGAGAGCCCCCAGCCCAGAGCCUCGCAGUCCGGCAAGGUCAAGGAGGUUCCCAUGGCAGAGAGGCACAGACAGAUGCGCAAAGAAACCCUCGAGAACCGUGCUCAGAGGCGCGCACAGAAGAAACGCAGCAAGCUCAUCGACAAGCAACUCCAGGAAGAGAAGAUGGACUACAUGUGUACGCACCGCCUGCUGCUGCUAGGUGCUGGAGAAUCUGGUAAAAGCACCAUUGUGAAGCAAAUGAGGAUCCUGCAUGUUAAUGGGUUUAAUGGAGAGGGCGGCGAAGAGGACCCACAGGCUGCAAGGAGCAACAGCGAAGGUGAGAAGGCAACCAAAGUGCAGGACAUCAAAAACAACCUGAAGGAGGCCAUUGAAACCAUUGUAGCCGCCAUGAGCAACCUGGUGCCCCCUGUGGAGCUGGCCAACCCUGAGAACCAGUUCAGAGUGGACUACAUCCUGAGUGUGAUGAACAAGCCCGACUUUGACUUCCCUCCCGAAUUCUACGAGCACGCCAAGGCUCUGUGGGAGGAUGAAGGAGUGCGGGCCUGCUAUGAGCGCUCCAAUGAGUACCAGCUGAUCGACUGUGCCCAGUACUUCCUGGACAAGAUUGAUGUCAUCAAGCAGGCUGACUAUGUGCCAAGUGACCAGGACCUGCUUCGCUGCCGCGUCCUGACUUCUGGAAUCUUUGAGACCAAGUUCCAGGUGGACAAAGUCAACUUCCACAUGUUUGACGUGGGUGGCCAGCGCGAUGAACGCCGCAAGUGGAUCCAAUGCUUCAAUGAUGUGACUGCUAUCAUUUUCGUGGUGGCCAGCAGCAGCUACAACAUGGUCAUCCGGGAGGACAACCAGACCAACCGUCUGCAGGAGGCUCUGAACCUCUUCAAGAGCAUCUGGAACAACAGAUGGCUGCGCACCAUCUCUGUGAUCCUGUUCCUCAACAAGCAAGAUCUGCUCGCAGAGAAAGUCCUUGCUGGAAAAUCGAAGAUUGAGGACUACUUUCCAGAGUUCGCUCGCUACACUACUCCUGAGGACGCUACUCCUGAGCCCGGAGAGGACCCACGCGUGACCCGGGCCAAGUACUUCAUCCGAGAUGAGUUUCUGAGAAUCAGCACUGCCAGUGGAGAUGGGCGCCACUACUGCUACCCUCACUUCACCUGCGCUGUGGACACUGAGAACAUCCGCCGUGUGUUCAACGACUGCCGUGACAUCAUCCAGCGCAUGCAUCUCCGUCAGUAUGAGCUGCUCUAAGAAGGGAACCCCAAAUUUAAUUAAAGCCUUAAGCACAAUUAAUGAAAAGUGAAACGUAAUUGUACAAGCAGUUAAUCACCCACCAUAGGGCAUGAUUAACAAAAGCAACCUUUCCUUUCCCCUGAGUGAUUCUGAAAAAACCCCCCUUUCCCUUCAGCUUGCUUAGAUGUUCCAAAUUUAGAAAGCUUAAGGCGGCCUACAGAAAAAAAGAAAAAAGGCCACACAGUUCCCUCUCACUUUCAGUAAAAUAAAAUAACAGCAGCAAACAGAAAUAAAGAAAUAAAUGAAACAAAUGAAAUAAAUAUUGUGUUGUGCAGCAUUAAAAAAAUCAAAAUAAAAAUUAAAUGUGAGCAAAG